CUCUGCAGUGCCAGCAGAAAAUGAAAAGAAGCCCGACUUUAUAUCUGUUUUACUGCCUUUUUAAAAAAAUACAAUAUACAGCAUUUACGGGUUUUGAAUGAAUGCCACGGUCGUGCGGUAACAGCGUGGAGGCACCCGGUGGCAUGACAGGACUCCCGUGCGCGCAGUUUGAUGAAGUAGUGCGCCGACUGUGUUGGACACACAGCGCCGGCCGAGAGUAGACUGUGUGGGUGAAGGCACAGCGGUCCUGCCCCCUUCAAUGACCAACCUGCAGCGCUAGCGAUAAAAGCUUCGCUGCCGACAAUGCAACAAUGGGAGGCUUCCACAAUUACCCUUAAGUAGAUUCACUGUCUCAGCCCGUAGUUAACGGUUUCAACAUGCCCGACCGGCGGUGCUCCAUGCGGCUCUCAGUGGCCUGAUAUUAACGACACAGGCCUGCUUUUUCCAUCUGGAAAUUUCUUGGCAGGGGAAAGCAGGCCGGCUAGCAUUGCUAGCGUUUGCCUUCUCCGCGCUGCACCUCUGGGCUUCGACGGUGCAUCUUUUUCCAUGAACACACCAUUGACAUUGUUGUUUAUCAAUUCGAGGACUUUUUAACUCCAAACAUUUUUUAUGGGAUUCAUAUCGGCGAACUGGAAGCAGGCCUAAGCCAAAAUGGUGAACUGGAGGCGGCUGCUGCGAAUGUCCAACCGAUCGUUUCUGGCCUUCAUAUUCUUCUUCUCCAUGUCCACCACUUGUCUCUACUUUAUUUAUGUGGCUCCGGGAAUAGCCAACACAUACUUCUUCAUGGUGCAGGCCCAGGGCAUCAUGUUGAGGGACAAUGUGAGGACCAUUGGCCAGAUGAUUCGAUUGUACACAAAUAAGAACAGUACACUCAACGGGACAGACUAUCCUGAGGGCAGCAACUCCAGUGAAUAUCUGGUGCAACCGACCACGUACCUCCCUGAGAACUUCACCUACGCCCAGAACCUGCCGUGCCCAGAGCGAUUACCUUCUAUGAAGGGCCUUAUUGAAGUUAACAUGACAGAGAUCCCCAUGGAGGAGAUAGAACUGAGGUCCUCCAAGUAUUUUGACAUUGAGUUUGGAGGCCACUGGAAACCAAAAGAUUGCAGACCUCGUUGGAAGGUGGCCAUCCUGAUUCCAUUUAGAAACCGCCAUGAGCAUCUCCCCAUCCUCUUCCAACAUCUCAUCCCCAUGCUGCAGAGACAGCGGCUGCAGUUUGCCUUCUACGUCAUCGAACAGAGUGGCAGCCAGCCCUUCAACAGAGCCAUGCUGUUCAACGUGGGAUUCAUGGAAGCCAUGAAGGACUUGGACUGGGACUGCUUGGUGUUCCAUGACGUCGACCACAUCCCCGAGAACGACCGAAACUACUACGGCUGCGGUCAGAUGCCGCGCCACUUUGCUGCCAAGCUGGACAAAUACAUGUACAUUCUUCCAUACAGCGAGUUCUUUGGUGGUGUCAGUGGACUCACUGUAGAGCAGUUUCGCAAGAUUAAUGGCUUUCCCAAUGCAUUCUGGGGCUGGGGAGGAGAGGAUGACGACUUGUGGAACAGGGUUCACUAUGCUGGACUGAAUGUGACACGACCAGAGGGAGAGAUCGGCAAGUACAAGUCCAUUCCUCACCACCACAGAGGAGAGGUGCAGUUCCUCGGGAGGUAUAAACUGCUGAGGUAUUCCAAAGAGCGGCAACACCUGGACGGCCUCAACAACCUCCACUACAGCCCCCACUUCUCCCUUAGUAGCCUCUACAAGAACAUCACAGUGGACCUGGACCCCGAGCUCGCCCCCAUCUCAGACUACUGAUCCGCCCAAACCAACCCCCCAGCUCCCCACCACCACCACCAAUACCACCACCACACCCCCAGCUCCCAUCCGGCCUGGCGUCCUGCUCAGCAGCGGAGGAGAGGACGGGGCUCGGGCCCGGGAUGGGGGGUGGGGAGAGGCGCACCAUGUAAUGCUGCCAAGAAAACUUAGUGAGAAAAAAAAAAAAGAAAAUCCAAAAGAGGAAAAAAGGAAGAGGCAGUGGCAAGCCUCUCCGAGUGAACUGUUGAUUGUUUGUGCCAGUGUGUAAGUGUGUGUGCCUGUGUCCGUGUGUGUGUGUGAUGGGUGAGUCGCUGCAUGUCUUCUGUGUGUCCGUGCCGGCUUCUCUCCUGGAGUGGACAUGAGUUGGUUGGUUGGAGGGAGCAGCAGCAUCUCAGCUCGGUGUUGAGUGCAUAGCCUUACUGUGGCAGACCCACAGCUCCCUCUGCUCCGCACUGCUUCACUUCCCAUGAUCACCGUCACCUUACAAGCCAACAGACCAGUAACGUCUCACUUUCUACUCUCUUUUGUUUUUCUACAUAUCGUUUUGUUUCGGCCGCAGUAUCCUUUUUCUAAAGGAGGGAUCUGAUCCAGGUCGGCGUUAAUGUUUGUGAUGUACAUUUUUUUUUAUUUUGAUACGUGGUAUUUAUUUUCUGAUUCGGGGUGCUGGAAGAAGCACUCCUGUCUGUGUCACUCUAGUGUUCGCUGUUUGUUUUGCUGCACUGCUGCUGAAUCCGCAUGAACAUGUAUGUAAAUAUCGGCCUCUUAAAGCUCAAACACAGAACACAAAUAUGUAAAUAUGGGCUUUAAAUGCUCGGGCAUAUAACAGUGAUAUUCCAGUGGGUUUGAAUUUUAUUUUGGCAGCUACCUUUGUUCUAAGGGUUUAAUAGGAGUGAGUGGUUUCUUCCCAACAGGAAGAUCUUCUAACAAUAUAGGAUGUUUGGCUUAAAAAAAAAAAAGUAUCCAAAUGUUAAGAUUUGACCUUAUACCUUUUGCAUGCCUUAAUUUAUUUUGUUUACCAGAUUUUGUUCUUUUCGAACAUAAAUUAUUUCUUCAGUUAGAGAUGUGUAUAUUCUUAAUUUUGCCUUUUGUUGAGCUUUUUUUCCUUUGAGGUGCACUGUGUGAAAGAGACUGGGGGCCGGGUCCAUCAAACAGCGCGAGUGUGUCCCCACACUCAACGUGCUUUACGGUACCUCCUGGUUUCAUGUGAGAGUGUAUAUUUUUUGUCGGAGAUGUGUUCUUAUUUUUUUGACUUUUGUUUAUGAUUUCUACUCCAAUGAUUUAGUGCUGGACCAUGUGAUAACGCGUGUCAUUGUACUGUACCAUGCUGAAGCAUGGGUGGGCGGGAUGCUGUGGUCAGGCAGAGGGGCCAGAAUGAGAGAACCUUGGAGUCAGCGGUGCCGCUAAACCUCCUGCUGUUCUUGAAUGGCACACGCUGUGAAAAGUUUAACUUCUUAAAGCUUUGAGCACUAUGGAGACGCAGAGAAAAAGGAGUCGCAGAUUAUUUUGACCAGAUGUUAACUGUUAGAAUCUCCUCCACAUCUCGAGGUUUUGACUUUGACUAUGAGUAGUUGUGUUUUGGAUUUUGUCCUGAGGUGUAAAAACACAACUCUGGCCAUUUCCUGUCCCAUGGGACUGUUUGAUGUUCUUCAUGAUGCCUCGCUUACUGUGCCAUCAGGUGUUUGUGCCACCUUCAGUCCUGCAUUUAACUGAGAGACUCCUUUAGCGCUUUAGUGACCAAAGACAGGUGCAGAGACCCCGCCACAUCUACAAAGCAAACAUCAGUGUUAAACACACACACAUAUGAGCGUUAGCUGUGUGUGUCUGGGGACCAUAUGGCUGCUGAUGAAGAUCAUGGGAAUUGAUCGAAAGAUCCAGAAGCAACUUAAUUGCUUUUAUCCCGAGAUGGAUUUGGUAAAGUCAAGAUCAAUUGUUGAUUGGCAGAAAGUUAAUCGCAACUUCUUUCAAUUUAUGCCACUUUCUCGACUCAAUAGUUGUUUAUGAUACUAAAUGAAACAUCUUUUGGGUCUGGAGUGUGGACGAGCACAUUUUAGAUGUGACAUAAAUUAAAGUAAAUUGUUGUAAACCAAAUUUAAAAUAACUGAAUGGAGCAAUGAUCAGCAGACUGGUGAAGGAUGAAAAUGGUGUGUACUGUAGUGCCAGGUAUGAAAUGGCCAGAGUAAUGUUUCUUCCAUUUUUAUAGUUUCAAGCAUGACAUGUCCACUUCCACACAAACACCACAAGGAAUUGUGGGUAAGGCAUUAUUUAUGCCACGGUGACUCCACACAGAUCUUACCCAUCUCCCAGAAGCCCUUGCAGCAGUGCUGGUCACAGCACAUGUUACCAGACGCAGUUGAACCUCAGUAAAGAAGUUGUUGCCAUACUAUUGGCUGCAUACCGACGGGACUACAGAAGAGCGCUUAGUCAGCGUCUGUCUAAUGUGGUGCUAAAGUAGUGCUUUGCCUUUUGUAGCUUAGUACCACACUCUUGCAUUAAAGAGGAAAUAGUCCCUCUUAACGCUCACCAGCCAGUCUAAAUGUGGCAGGAAGAUAAUCGAGAACACAUUUUAUUAAUGGUUCUUGGUUUCUUUAACACCGGAAGUGAUAGCAGAUAAGGACACAGGCUUCCUUUGUUUAACAUCACCAAGAGUAAAUGUGAGCAUGUAUCUUUACAUCACGCUGCAUUCCAUUCUCCUCAUGGAUCUGCAAGCCAGAACUGGUCCAGAGGACAAUAUCUGACAUGGAAAUCCUUUGUGGGACAUCACUGUCUUGAAAAGUUUGUUUAUCCAGGGCUCUGAGAAGCGUCCGCAGUCCUUUUUAUCACAUGCCUGUUGAAAUUCUAACAGUAUGAUUACCAUGAGACAGCCGUAUUCCAUUUUGCAGUAUUUAUUUGUGCCUUUUUUUUCUUUCUUUUUCACUUUACAUUCUGAGAUGACACGUUCUGUCCCUUUUUUUUUUUAUUUGAAUCAUAUCAGACAGAGUGUAAAAUCUGUUGAGUCAUAGGAUGGGAUGGUAUUUAAUAAUCCACUGUGACUGCCAGUGGGACGUGUUCAACUAAAGCUUUGGCCCACAUGCACCGAGCUGCAGCUGCAGGGUUCAUCUCACUUCAUAGGAAAAUUCAUACAAAGCUGGCUUCCUGUUCUCCAGCAGAGUGAACAUGAGCGUGUCCUUUAUCAUCAAUGCUGAGGCCAAUCUACCCACCGCAUCUGAAACCUUUUCUAGCCUUCAAUCUGCAUGGCCUUGCCUACAAAUACGUAUGUGGACAAAAAUGAUGUAAUUCCCAUCUAUAGUUUCCAUGCGCAUGCUGACAGCAGGUACACAGCGGCUUCGCUUUAGUGAACAGCAGAUACUGAACAGCAUGAUGUUGUCACAUGUCCAUGGUGCUGACUCCUCUGCUCAAUAAUCUGGGUUAAACCAAUGUUUGCCAUUACUUUCAGCAGUAUGACGUUGUAUCAAAAUGUGUUUUCCUUUGACUCACUCAUUAGUAUUGGCAGGUAGAUGGAGAACAAUGUGCAUCCAGAAAUACGUCAUCUCAGUCAUUAGGACACAGUGCUGCUGUUGCACUCCUUGUCCACCAGAUAGUGCUGCAAAAUAUCCUUCUUGCACAUAUCCAGGUCACAAUUAUUCAAGGAAUCUCUAUAAAAUAUUUAUCAAAGUGUCCACAUUUCAAAUUUUGUUUGUUUCCUCCAUCUGCAAAUGGAGACUGCUCAUAUCAUAUAUCUAUCAUAGAUCUGGUGUUCUGUUUGAGGCGGCCAACAAGGAACAAGCAAAUGUGUUAUUGAAGUAUUGUCAUAUGUUUUAAGGAAGUGGCCAAACAUUGAAUCUUUGGAAUUUAUCUAAUAUCCUUCAGCAGUAUUUUUUUUCCUCAACUUUAUUUCACUAAAUGUUCAGAAUAAAUAUGUAUUUCGAACAUUUGAAAUUGUUGAUAACCAUGUGAUACACUUCAGAUCCAGAACAGAUUUUUUUGGUUGGAUACACAAAUUUGGUUUGCCCCCAAGAAAUGGAAUUUCUUAGUCAUAUUUAGAGAUUGCUGACAGGUGUUUAACUUCAACAUGUAAAACUCUUUACAUAUUUGGUCAACUAAAUGUAAGGGAUCCAACGUUGGUGUAAAAUGAAUAUUGGUUGAUACGUUGUUUGUAUAGUUAUCAGUAUUUCCUUCAAAUUCCAGUAUUAGCCUGGCUCUGAGUAACUAAGAAAGACCAUGAGUUGAGUCUGAAAGCCCUGGGACAUUUUCAUAAGUUGGCCUUGUGCUCAGACUCUGUUUGUCAAACUGCUGCUUUGUCUAUAUUGAACCCUCAAGCUUGAUUAUAUGGGUUGAAAAACAGCUGACAUUGUUAUCAGAUUUUUGUUUGGCUACAUAUUCCUGUCCUCCUGAGGGCUUUACAAAAAAAACUAAAAUAAGGACUGAAACUGUACAAAUUGCCCCAUCCCACCACCACCCUUUCCCGAAUUAUUUGUUUCCACACAGCCUGUUAACAUGGUAUUGUAGCCCCCCCCCCCCCUGCUGAACUUCUUUACGGUGAAGUUUGCCCCAAUGUCAGAUUUCUGCAGUCUUUGGUAACAGACAGUAUACAAAUAGUUUGAGUCUAGUGUUGAAUUGUUACUUUGUAAAGUUUCUUUCUUUGUCAACAACAGACAUAUUAAACACUUCAUUGCCAUAUUCUGGAAAACAGA